AUGUGUAUUUUGUCCGAGAGCGAUUUGAAUAAGAUGAAGAAAGGCUUGAUGAUUGCAGAAAUCAUCGUCAUCGUUGUUCAAGCACUCCUCAUCUACUCAAUCUGGUAUGGCUGCUGCUGCAAACGACUCAAGAAAGACAAAAGCAGUUCAACAUCCUCUUCAUAA